GGGAGGGUUGCGCAGAGGGAGGCGGGGCGGGAAGGCUAGAGGUGUCCGAUCCUCCAGUGCCGCGGGAGACCCGAGCCGGCGGUGUGACAGCUCGUCGGCCGCCAUGUCAGCGCGCGGGGCUGGAAACAGACCCGGCGCCCGGCGGUAGCCCUUGCAUUGCCUCGGAUGCCCAGGCAUGGAAGGUCUUUGAUGAGACGUUAAAACAGCUCCACAAAAGAUGCGCUAAUGGAUGACAGCGACCCUCCUACAUACAGUCUGCAGAUAGAGCCACAAGAUGGAUGUCAUCCGGGGGACAGCGUGGAAAGGAGAGUGACACGCUUGCCUUCUGUCUCAGACGAAAAUGAAAAUCAGCUUGCCGGAGACGGGCCUGCGGGUCUGACCACCAGUGAAGGCGCCAUGGGGAGAGCCACAGUGUCUGAACAGGACAGUCUCAACAAUAACGAAAGCUUCCCGUCCAGCUGCGAGGCAGCCCCCACGGAGAACGCAGAAAACACUCCAAGCGAAGGUCCCAAAGAUGACCCACCUUCCUUGGGACAGGACCAAAAACUACCUGCAAAAAGAAGUCCAAGGGCCAAAAAAAGCUCUCCUAAGAGUGCACCUCCAGGUGAUGCCGUACCUGUAAUGCAGACGCAGAAUGCAACGUCGCAGGCUGCUGGCGAGGAGGAGGCUGCGGGAGUGAACGCGAAUGACCCCCCCAAAGCGCCAGCGCUGCAGCCACUCUUCUCGCUGAUCCGAGGCGAGGUGGCACAGAUGGACUCCAGGGCACUUCCCCUCUUCCUCCACCAGGUAGCUGAGACCUAUUUCCAGGAAGAGGACUAUGAGAAAGCAAUGAAAUUUAUUCAGCUUGAAAGGCUGUAUCAUGAGCAAUUGCUUGCAAAUCUUUCUGCCAUUCAGGAACAAUGGGAAACAAAAUGGAAAGCUGUCCAGCCACGUACAGUGACGCCUCUGAGAAAUUCAGAAAAGGGAUUUAAUGGUGAAGAUUUUGAACAGCUUGCUAAAAUUUGCACAACUCACCAAGACCCUCUCUUGUCCAAGCUUAAGACAGCGCCUGUGGAACCGUCACCAGAGAGGAAAAGCCUUGCAAGGGCGAUAAUGUCUGAAGAGGCAGUGGGGACAGAAGCAGCAGCCAAAGAGCCAGAGAUUGAAACCUGUCCCAGCACGGAUCCAAGUGGAGACCGGCAUGAGGAGGAGCCCCAGGAGAGCAGCCCCGGCUGUCAUCAGAUGGAGUGGCAGACAGCUUCCCCCGAGCUUCCAGGGACUGCAGGAAAGGACCACACGGAGGAGCUGCCCAGCAGCACCAAUGCCACACUGGACCUCCACACCCAGUCCCUGGAGACAGCCGGGAGCAGGUCAGGGCCAGCUGCUGCCUCGAAUGCCUGCAAAGACAGCAGCUGCGUGCCGGCGCCUCCCACAGAGGACCACUGCGGUGUGGCCAGAGACCCUAAGGUGGCUCCUCCUAGUGAAUCAGUGGCAGAGCAGAAGCUCUCCACCGGCGACGACGGUGCACUGCCUGGGUUGAUUUCAGAGGGUAAAUAUUCACAGGCACACCGAAAAGAACUCUGCCUUCCUCUGCAGGACGCAUUUGAAGCGCUGCCCAGGGACCAGCCUCACAGCAGUGAGGUAGCUGAGCCGCGGCAGCCUGAUGUCACGGCCAGUGAUGGGAAAUCAGCACAGAGUCAGGCUGGCUUGGAGACUGGUCCUGAGAGUGCACUCUGUGGUGACAGGAAAGCCUGUGACGUAAGCACACUGUGUCUGGAAGUGUGUAUGGCCCCAGAAGAAAGGCGGGACAGUGAAGACCGAGUGAGUAAGGAAACGGAAGACUAUCUGCACAGCCUUUUGGAGAGAUGCUUGAAGGAUGCUGAAGAUUCCCUGUCCUACGAGGACAUCCAGGACGACGACUCUGACCUCCUCCAAGACCUCUCUCCUGAAGAAGCGUCCUACAGUCUCCAGGAGGAUCUGCCUCCUGACGAGAGCACGCUCUCCCUUGAUGAUCUGGCCAAGAAGAUAGAGAUCGCAGAGGCCAUUCCUGCAGAAGGGCUGGUGUCCAUACUGAAGAAGAGGAAUGACACAGUAGGCAGCCAUCCUGCACAGAUGCAGCAGAAGCCGGCUAAGCGCAGAGUGCGAUUCCAGGAAAUAGACGACAACCUGGAGCAAGGUGCGCCCCGGCAGCCCUGGGUCUGGGAGUGCUGGACAGUCAGGUGACACGAAGUUUGCCAGCAGGAUUUGUAAGGAUGAGGUUGGUGGUGGUUCCUGCAUCCUGCUCAUCUUGCUGUGCAUAGCCACUGUCUUCCUCAGUGUUGGAGGAACUGCACUCUACUGCACCCUGGGCAACAUUGAGUCACCUGUUUGCACGGACUUUGCCGACAACGUGGACUUCUAUUACACUAAGCUGCUGCAGGGGGUGGCAGGGCUGAAACACUGGGUCUACCUCUCCUAGCAGUAAGCGUGGCAGGCGUGACAGACGGCUGACAGACAAAGAAGAUGCAGACUUCCCCGACAGCGUUUAUCUCAGAAGUCAUGAGACAUCCCUGCUCCCUGGCAUCAAGGACCCAAGGAUGAACGUUAGAAACAGCAACAUUAAACAGCAGCCCAGGGAACACAGAUGUAGGCACCGAGGACAGAGAGAGGGAGCUAUGGCGAGCAGGCCCCUCUCCUUGCUGCUUCCCCGUGUCAUGUGGGGCUCACACUGAGGGCUAAAGGGCACUCCUGGUUUACAGUCUUGCUCCACAGCCAUUGCUUCCCACCAUCAUGCAAUAAGUUUCUUUGUCAUCAGAGAGCAUUAUCUUAUGGCUUCAGUGCCAUUUUUUAGUUAAUCUCGGGAACUGUGUGAUUUAAGCCUUGGGCAUUACUCUAGAUUCUGGUCUCCAUUUGCAAAAUGGUUGUGGGGGGCGGAGGCAGGGGUGGUCUGAAGCAGUGAUCACAAGUGGAUAGCCAGCAUAGAAUACAAAGAUGACCUUUAUUCUUUUAACUUGACGACAAUGUGCAGGCACAACUCUUUGGAGAAGGCUUACCUGUGAACUAGAUAAACUGUAGAGAUGUUGGCCCCGAGUUGAGAACUGACAGACCUGUGUCGAUGAACUUGACAGGCCCAAAGGCACAGGGACAGAACUCCCAGGUCCCAGGUGAGAGUUCACUCUGGCUUCUAUGCUGCCUCAAGAGAUGAGUGCCGGGCUCUGUGCGCAGCUCAAGAGAAACUUACUGAGUGUCUGUUAUGUCCUGAGAGCCUCAGGAGAGCAUCCUGAGUAAGGAGUGGUUGCCACUGUGCAGGUGUUUAGGGCAGGUAAACCCAUACUCUGACGAAUGAAGCAGACUACCACGUGUAUGCGUACUCUCAGGCCGUGCGCUUAGGUGUAUGGAAUGUGUUCCUCUCGUGGGCUCAUUCUAGAAUGCUUCAUGGGCUCAUGAAGCAGAAAUCCAGUCAUACCCUAAAGAGACAAAUGUCUAGUGUUGUUUAAUUCUGUCACCAGGUGGCCAUUCCUCAUUUGCGGUACAGUGAUCUAAUGUUUAGGAGGCCUUCCUUUGACUUUUUAUAUUCGAGGCAACAUCUUUUUUUAAAAAUCAUGAAUUAUAGUUUUUUAGCAAGUGACCGUUAUGUUCUGUUUUCCUGUCGGGAUCGUUUGGAAGGAAGGAGAAAACUGGCUUUGCAGGUGUUACUGGCUGGCACAGUACCUUCCUUUGUGUCUCUGCUUAUUUAUUUGGAGUGUGAACUUAAGGAGCUUUUUUAUGAAUUGAGCGUGCGCUGCUGAGCCUGCAUUCCUUCAUCCCACCGCUGCCUAUUUAAUUAGAUGCUUAGUGUUUGGAUUUUAUACCAUUUCAGCUCCGUGUAUUUUUAGACUUAUUUUGAAAUUGACUUUUUAUUUUCACUUAUAAUACUGCGUGGCUUAUCUCUUAUGUCACCAUAAACUGUAAUAUUUUCGAUGGGUAUAGAUCAGAGUUAUUUAUUUAGAAGUAUACAGAAUGCUGAAAUUUAGAUUCGUUAUACCUAAGGCUGAUUUUAUUAGAAGAUUAUUUUAAUGUCCUACUAUAAACUUUAAGACUUUGUAUUCAUAUCAUAUGUAACAUAGGUCCCAUCAUCCUGGAACAGUGGUUCUAUAGGAGCCACGAGCGAGGUCAUCUGUGCAGGCUCCUCUCGAUACACAGACAUUUCACCCUCAUGAUUUCUAGCUGCGGGGAUUUGAUGAUCUUUGUUUCUGCCAAUUUUAUGUCAAGAAAAGUUCAAAUCUCCCUCCUGUUCACCUCUUUUCGGUCACUCAGAGUCCCGUGUGAUCUCUGAUGUUGUAUUUGCCUCUCAGCCACCUUGGCCACAUUUCCAAAACCCUGGGUUUCCUGGGAGAAUCCAGUAAAAGAAAGGGCUGAAAUGAUACCUGGCUAACCAGUGACCCAGUUGUGUAUCCAAGGAGCCGGUGCUCACCACUCGGGGAACCAGAGUGAUCGGGAGCAGACUGACCUCGUGACCUAAAGUGGGUGUGAACUCUCACCUAGAAAACCUAGGGUACCUUUGAAACCUGUAAUGGUCAUUUAUUGCAUGAAUUGGAGUAUCCCCCUGCAGGUGAGAGGAUGCUAUCCUACGUACAAGCAUCAGACAACUAUGCUGAAAUGUCACUCCUCCUCUCAUUUGAAAGUACUGACAACUAUUUAUACCUAGAGUUCUGAAGAACUGUAUUUGAGGGUGUCAAAUCAAGCUUGUAAUUUAAAAUCUACACCAACAAAA